AUGGCCAGUGACAGUGACCUCAAUGUUGACCAUCUUAUUACUCGACUUUUAGAAGUUCGCGGAUGUCGGCCCGGGAAAACUGUCCAGAUGUCGGAAAAUGAAAUAAGGGCACUUUGUCAUAAAAGCAGGGAUAUCUUUUUGUCACAGCCCAUUCUUUUGGAACUCGAGGCGCCUCUCAAAAUUUGUGGAGAUAUUCACGGACAAUACAAUGAUUUAUUACGAUUAUUUGAAUAUGGUGGAUUUCCGCCGGAGGCAAAUUAUCUUUUUCUUGGAGAUUAUGUUGAUCGGGGAAAGCAAAGCUUGGAGACAAUAUGCUUACUGCUGGCGUAUAAGGUGAAAUAUCCCGAAAAUUUCUUUUUGUUACGAGGAAAUCAUGAAUGUGCUAGUAUUAAUCGUAUUUAUGGAUUUUAUGACGAAUGCAAACGUCGAUUUUCGAUAAAGCUAUGGAAAACAUUCACUGAUUGUUUCAAUUGCCUACCAAUAGCCGCCCUCAUAGAUGAAAAAAUCUUCUGUUGUCAUGGAGGACUUUCUCCUGAUCUACAAAAUAUGGAACAGAUCCGAAGAAUAAUGCGACCAACGGAUGUUCCAGAUACUGGUCUUCUCUGUGAUUUGUUAUGGUCUGACCCGGACAAGGAUGUGCAAGGUUGGGGAGAAAACGAUCGAGGAGUAUCGUUUACAUUUGGGCCUGACGUUGUAGCAAAAUUCUUAAAUCGUCAUGAUUUAGACUUAAUAUGUCGGGCACAUCAGGUAGUAGAAGAUGGCUACGAAUUUUUUGCCAAACGUCAACUUGUAACAUUAUUUUCGGCCCCAAAUUAUUGUGGUGAGUUCGAUAAUGCAGGUGGUAUGAUGAGCGUUGAUGAAACACUAAUGUGUUCCUUUCAGAUCUUAAAGCCAUCCGAGAAGAAGGCCAAAUAUCAGUACGCUGGUUUGAACAGUGGUCGUCCAAUUACAUCGCCACAGCGAGCGGCUGGUGCAGCAACUGGUGGAAUUCAGAAAAAGAAGUAA